GAAAGAUAAAAUAAAUAAAAAAAGAGAAAAAAUAGAUAUUUUUUUUCCAUUAAUCCUUCUUCCUUUGCCAUAUUCCUCCGAUCUUCAAGUAAAAAAAAUUUGAUAAAACGAACAGAGAUGAAUCUAAGGAACACGCUAACCUGAUCCGAACUUUUCUUCCUUUUAUUUAUUUAUUUGUUCUUAUAUUAUCACAAAAAGAUUGAUUCUUUUGAUCUUCAAAACUCAUACUUCAUCACUGUUUUUCUAAAAAUCUGAUUCAAUUUAUUCUUUUUUUUUUUUGUCUUUUUUUCUUCUUCUUCCUCAGUUUUCAUGUCCGCGAGGAUUUCAUUUCUGAAAAAUCCCGAUCCUUGCAAUCACUUAUCUGGUUAUAAGCUUAGAUAUGGUACUGAUGGUUACAAAUCCUUUCAGAGCUUGUUCAGUUGCUUCAACGAUGGAAGGAUUAAGAUCAAACUGCGAGAAAUCGAGAUACCCAGAUGCAGUUAUUGUUCGGUUUAUCAAAAGAGACUCUACAUCUGUUUGUUCUGUCGUUCGAUUUCUUGUUCAAGUCAUAUCCUUUUGCAUACCCAGUUGAAUAAAGGCCAUGAUAUCGCCAUUGAUGUUGAAAGAUCUGAGCUUUAUUGCUGCGCUUGCAUAGAUCAAGUGUAUGAUCCUGAGUUCGACGAGAUUGUUGUCUCUAAGCAGCUUGUUGGGUUGGGUAUGUCUGUUAAAUCCGGGGCUGAUGUUGUUGCGGUUAGAUCCAACAAGAAGAGGAGGUUGGACUCUCAGUUGAUUAUAGGAUCCAAGUUUUUGGUCUCACCUCGAGAUCGAAGGGAGAAAUGGUCGUUUCCUUUGGGGCUAAGAGGUUUGAAUAAUCUUGGAAGCACUUGUUUCAUGAAUGCUGUGUUGCAAGCACUUGUUCAUGCUCCUCCUUUGAGAAACUUUUGGUUAAGUGGUCAGCACAACCGUGAUCUUUGUCCGAGAAGAACAAUGGGUUUGUUGUGUUUGCCCUGUGAUCUUGAUGUUAUUUUCGCUGCUAUGUUUUCGGGUGAUAGGACUCCAUAUAGCCCAGCUCAUUUGCUUCACAGUUGGUGGCAGCACUCAACAAAUCUAGCAACAUAUGAGCAGCAGGAUUCUCACGAGUUCUUCAUUUCGCUAUUGGACCGUAUCCAUGAGAACGAAGGAAAGUCGAAGUGUUUGUAUCAAGAUCAUGAGGAGUGUCAGUGUAUCACUCACAAGGCAUUCUCUGGUCUAUUAAGAUCAGAUGUCACAUGCACAACGUGCGGAUCCACAUCAACAACAUAUGACCCAUUUAUCGACAUUUCACUUACUUUAGAUUCGGCGAAUGGGUUCUCUCCCGCUGAUUGCAGAAAGAACAGAUAUAAUGGUGGGCCAAGCGUGAAUGCAACCAUGCCAACUCUCUCGGGUUGCUUAGAUUUCUUCACAAGGUCAGAAAAACUUGGUCCGGACCAGAAACUAAACUGCCAAAGCUGUGGAGAAAAGCGAGAAUCUUCAAAACAAAUGUCCAUAAGAAGACUUCCUCUGCUACUUUGCUUGCACGUAAAGCGUUUUGAACAUUCUCUUACCCGUAAAACCUCAAGAAAAAUUGAUAGUUACUUGCAGUAUCCGUUCCGCCUAAACAUGUCACCUUACCUCUCUUCAUCCAUCAUUGGAAAGCGGUUUGGGAACAGGAUGUUUGCCUUUGAUGGAGAAGGCGAAUAUGACAGUUCAUCAUCUUCACCUCCAUCAGCGGAAUUUGAGAUAUUUGCGGUUGUAACUCACUCAGGGAUGUUGGAAUCGGGUCACUAUGUGACCUACCUUAGGCUGAAAGGGUUGUGGUAUAAAUGUGAUGAUUCAUGGAUCAAUGAGGUUGAAGAAGAAGUGGUGAGAGGAUGCGAGUGUUAUAUGUUGUUCUAUGCACAAGAGAAAGUGAUUCAAAAGGCUCAUAAGGAGUUGAGUUAUCAAGUUAUCUCCAUGGCUGAAGCAUUUCCCUUUGCUAAUUGCUGACUCUAGACUUGGCUAAAGAUUUUGACGCAUUUUCCCUUGAUACUUUUUUUUUUUUGAUUUAAGGUUUAUGCCAAAUAUUUCAAAGCCAAGUUUAGUGAUAAAAUUUAUUUUUCAUUACAUCAGUGUUCAAAGUUACUACUACAUCAGACUCCUUACGUCACGUCAGCUAAGAAAUACGCGGACAAAGAUGUUCAAGUUACACAAGUGGUACUUGCUGAGUGAAUUUAUAUAAACAUAGAAUCAAUCAUCAUCUUAUGCUCAGCAAGUAGUUCUCAAAUGGGACUGUAAACACACAAAAUACAAUUGUGUUUCAUAGAUAUUUUUCCAGACUCAAGUAGAGGACAAAAAUCUUCAUAGAAAUAACAUCCCACGUGUCCUGCAGAGACCAAACAAACAAUCAUCUCAUCUCAUGCCUCGUCUGCGCCAAUCUCUGUCUCGUUCUCUGCUUCUAUCAUGAUCAUCUCUCUCAUGACUUGAGCUCUUUGCUCUUCGUUUUCGGUCCUUGUUCAAAUCAUGUUGUUGCCUAUCUCUGUCUCUGUGUCUGUCUUUGUCCAAGUCAUGAUCUUUUACCCUUUCUCUGGUUGAUUUCUGUGGCGGACUUUGGCUUUGAUUCUGGAUCUCACUUCGGUAACUCUUUCUAGAUGAAUCUCUAGAAUCUUCACGCCUCCCCCUUUUCUCCAGUAAUACUCUCUCUGCAGUUGAGAAAAGCAUUGUUUAUCUCGUUUGUAAACAAACAAAUUUUUUUGCAGCAAGAGUCUUUUAAACUACCAGACAAGCUUUUGUUAUGGAGGUGGAAACAAGUCUCCAAUGUUUUCAUCCAGAAGAUAGUAACUUUUGAGUGUAUAGUAAGAACUUACGAUUUCCUGAUAAGCCAUCAGCUUCAAGCCUCUUUCGGUCGAUUGCAACUUUUCUUUCUAUCUCAUCAGAGUUUUUCAUUCCCUGUUCCUCCAGAGAUUCUCUAUACUCUAUCAAAGCAACCUCUAUCUGUCUAAGCUUUCGUCUGCAGUAAUAAAAAAUGUAAAAGUAAGGCUACAUAUCAUAAUGGAGUAGCUACUGAUACCUUCAUUUUGCUGAUCAAUUGGUAAGCUUUUGCUUUUUCUAGAUGAAAAUUCCAAAAGCCAGGAAUCCACCUCCAUGGGAUAGAACCAAAUACCCGACCAAACCCUGCCACAGUUUUUAUUGGUUUGAAGCUCUAGCAUCAACAUGAAGGAAUAGAGCUAAUAUUUUUGUGUACUUUACUCUAUACUUUUCCCAUUUUACCUCUUUAAUUAUUAGUGCUGAAGAUCAGAGUAUAUCAUGCAGUACCUUUGCUCCUCGUCGAUUCCAGUUUCAGGCUGGACACGAACACUUGGAUCAUACUUGAGAUCUUUUUCAUCGGUCUUGAAAGUUAUUCCACCAGCAUUGUCCCUACCAGACAAGUAGCUCUUUUUUUGUUCAUUAUCCUCUCUCGCUCAUCUGGAAGUUGGCAAAAUGAGGUCAUUUUUCUCGAUGGCUUUUAGCUUCGGCUGCGGGAUUGGUAUUGUCGAGGCUUAGCAGCCGAGCAACCAUCAUCUCUCUACCCCCAACAAGCGACUAACCAUUG